AUGGCAUCCAGGCUGAAGGAAGAGGAAGAUCAGUGCUGUCCAGUCUGCCUUGACAUCUGUAAAGAUCCGGUCGUGCUGUCCUGCUGCCACAGCUUCUGUCAAGCAUGCGUGCAGGACUGCUGGAGGGAGACGGAGAACAAGGAGUGUCCAGUUUGUAAGAGGAGACAUUCAGAGGGAUUCAGCUUGUCUUUAAAGAACCGGAGUGAGUAUCUCUGCAGUCUGCACUCUGACAAACUCACUCUCUUCUGUCUGGAGCAUCAGGAUUUGGUGUGUGUUGUCUGCAAAGAUUCAGAAAAACACACUAAACACACAAUCACAACCAUCGAUGAAGCUGCUCAACAACACAAGAUGAAGUUUCGGUGGACUCUGCGGUUCUUACAGGGGCAGUUAUGUGAUUAUGAAAGAGUUAAAGUGAAGUGUGAUGAAACUUUGGAACACAUUCACACCCAGGCUCUUCACACAGAGAAGCAGAUUAAGGAGCAGUUCAAGAAGCUUCACCAGUUUCUAGAAAAGGAAGAGGAGGCCAGAGUCGCUGCAGUGAGAGAGGAAGAGGAGCAGAAGAGUCAGUGGAUAAAGGAGGAGAGCGAGGCUCUGAACAGGGAGAUAGAAGCUCUUUUACUCACAUUCAAAGUCACACAGGACGAGCUGAGAGAAGAAGACGUCUCAUUCCUGAAGAACUACAAGGCUGUAAUGGGACGACUCAAGCCCCACCUCGGGCUGAAGAAUCCACGGAUGCCUUCAGGAGCUCUCAUUGAUCAGGCCAAACAUCUGGGCAACCUGAGCUUCAACAUCUGGAAUAAGAUGAAGGACAUGGUCUCCUACACGCCUGUCAUUCUGGACCCAAACACCGCUCAUUGUACAUGUUUCCUAUCUGAUGAUCUGAUCAGUGUAAGACGAGGAGAGAAACAGCAUCUUCCCUUGAACCCAGAGAGGUUUGUUCAGUUCCGCUCCGUCCUGGGCUCUGAGGGCUUCGACUCAGAGACUCACAGCUGGGACGUCGAGGUGGGAGACAGUCCUCAGUGGUCACUGGGUGUGUUAACAGAGUCUCUGCCAAGGGAGGGAAGCUUAGGGGAUAUAUUACAGACAAUAUGUCUCAAUGGUAGUAAAUACACAACAUGCUCACCCCCAUAUUCACACACUGUUCUCUCAGUGAAGAAGAAACCCCAGAGGAUCAGAUUAAACCUGGACUGUAAGAGAAGGAAACUGUCGUUCUCUGAUGCUGAUACUAACACUCACAUACACACCUUAAAACUCAAAUUCACUGACAAAGUGUUUCCUUACUUUAACACUGAGGGUGAAGUCAGGAUUUUACCAAAGGAGGUGCAUGUUACAUGA